UCCAAUAUCCCGUCAUCCCGACGCAGACCUCUAGCACUCGGUGCUCUGAGAACGCCACCGGUUCGUUUGCUCUAAUGGCGACGCGCUUCCUGGUCUUCGUCGCUCUCCUCUCCCUCUUCUCCGUUGUCUCUUCCGAAGUCUUCUUCGAGGAGCGGUUCGACGAUGGAUGGGAGAAUCGAUGGGUUAUGUCAGACUGGAAAAAGGCUAAGAAUAUGUCCGGUGAAUGGAACCACACCUGUGGCAAGUGGAAUCCAGAUCCAAAUGACAAAGGUAUCCAGACGAGUGGGGACAACAGAUUCUUCGCCAUGUCUGCAAAGAUUCCCCGGAUCAACAAUAAAAACAAGACAUUAGUGUUCCAGUUUUCCGUGAAGCACGAACAGAAGAUUGAUUGUGGGGGUGGAUACAUGAAGUUGCUCAGUGGGGAGGUUGAUCAAAAGAAAUUUGGUGGCAAAACACCAUACAGCAUCAUGUUCGGACCAGAUUUUUGUGGUUAUGUCAGGAGAAAGGUUCAAGCAAUUCUCACACGCAAUGGAACGCAAUAUCCUAUAAGGAGAGAUGUUCCCAGUGAGAUUGACCAAAUGACGCAUGUAUAUACUUUCAUUCUUCGUCCCAACGCCACCUACAGUAUCUUAAUAGACAACGAUGAGAAACAGAAUGGGAGCUUGUAUUCUGACUGGGCCAUCCUUCCACCAAAGCAAAUCAACGAUCCGGAAGCCGAAAAACCUGAGGAUUGGGACGAAAGGAAAUUUAUUCCAGAUCCCGAAGAUAAGAAGCCUGAGGGAUAUGAUGACAUUCCCAAAGAAAUUCCUGAUCCUGAUGCCGUAAAGCCUGAAAACUGGAACGAGGAGGAAGACGGUGAAUGGACUGCCCCAACUAUUAAAAAUCCUGAAUAUACAGGACCGUGGAAGCCCAAGAAAAUAAAGAACCCCAACUACAAGGGCAAAUGGGAGGCACCAAUAAUUGACAAUCCAGACUUCAAGGAUGAUCCCGAUAUCUAUGUUUUCCGCAAUUUGAAGUAUGUGGGUAUUGAGUUGUGGCAGGUGAAGUCAGGAACUUUAUUUGACAACAUACUGCUAACUGAUGAUCCUGAAUACGCAAGGAAGUUUGCUGAAGAGACAUGGGGAAAGCUAAAAGAUGGUGAAAAGGCAGCAUUUGAUGAAGAAGAAAAGAGGAAGAAAGAGGAGGAAGAGAAGAAUAAACCAGAUGAAGAAUCCGACGACGACGAGGAUAUUGAUUCUGACGACGAGGAUGAAGCUGACGCUGGUGAUGCAGAUGCACAGACGGAGGACGUCAAACGGGAAGCAAAGGCGGAAGACAUCCAUGACGAACUAUAGAAAGGAGGUCGGCGACGAUUGGGCUUGACGGGAACAAUUCGGUCGUUUUUUCCUUAUGCAGUUAGAUUUAGUUUAUCCUUCAAUCCGUUUAGUUGAUUGAAACUGAUGGGGAGUUAAGGUAUGAUUCCUCCCAAUUUUGAGGACUAUUUGCCCCAUUUAGGGCUUUUCUGUCUGUGAGAUAAACUUGAUGGCAACAACAAAUAAUUUACGAGCUUCUUUUU